UUUCUCGAUAAUCUAGAAGAGGACCCUGGUAUUGUAAUUUCCAUUUUCCACGACAAAUUCGCCACACAUCACUGGAUAUCAGUAUAAACGACAUAUCUACAUGACCUCCGUGACAGUUUCUGGAUCGGAAGCUUUGCCAGUCAAAAGAAUCUCAAUUUUCCUGGACAGGUAGCCCGUUCAAUACCUAGGGAACGACUUCUCUAAACUGCAUUUGAGCGAGUCUAGAGUUUGCGACUUCCGUUCAACGCUUGGCGGCAUGCCCUUUGCACAAGUUGAGGAUGUUUUGAUGAAUAUUUCCUCCAUACAAGUGGUCAAGAAGCAAGCACAAUAUAUCAACUUAUUCACCACUGAGAGCCUUUUCUGAUACUAUGCGAUCAUCCAAAAUGGCCGCCCUCCCUUCGGAUUUUGAUUCACGUUCAAAAGUAACGAGGCCACACCCAAUGCUCAGAAUCAAGACCACACCCAAUGCUGGUAUGGCAGACUCUGCCAUCUCUUCGUCCUCUAAACCUGGAACACAAGUCUCCGUGCCCACCGCCAGCCACAUCGCGAUACCAAAUGCAAGGAAACCAUCCCAUGAGAAGCAGAUUCGAAGAGUCUCGAUGCUGAAGCCUGCAUACUUGAGCAGAGAUUCUUUGGCGUCAACUACUCCUGUGAAAAGGGAAACAAACCCUAUCGUUUCAUCAGGAAAUGCAUCGACCUCUGCAGCCUCUUCACGAUUUGGUCUCGGCAUUCUUAAGCCAGAGAGCAGGGGAAAUGCUGGCGGGGUUUCUGAGUCCGACACCAUGGACCGCAACGCCCCAUCGAAGGGCUUGCGGCGAAAGCCAUCGAUGGUGAAUCAAGCAGUAGCAAGAACGGACAGACGGAAUGCAACGCCAAAAAAUCUCACUACAAGUCCAAUGUAUCCAACACGCUCUGACUCCCUACUUCGUCCCGCUCGAACGUUUUCGCCAGUUGCAGACAUCACUUCGACGUCAUCUUCCGAACCACAGCCUCCCUCGACGACGACUGAGACGCUGCUUUCAUUGAGUCCUGACGCCAAUGCAACUUCUCAGCCAUCUUAUUUCUGGGAUUUGAAUAAUACUACAAGGUUUGGUUCGCCGGCUCCACCCCCAGCGUCCUCAAUACAUGCUCUCUCUGCAAGCCCUUCCACGAGGUAUUCCGAUUCACCAGGACCUUUCAGUCGGACUUCGACGCCAACGUCAAUUUCAUCCUAUUCCCCAAGCAUAAUCAUGCCGCUCAAAGGCUCAACCACUAGAACAAGGGCCAGUCCUCCACGGAGUAGACCGCCAGUGACCAGAAGAAAGGUGGAACUCAUGCCUGAACGAGACAAUACACUUCUAGAUCCACAAGGCCUUGCAUCAUUGCGCGAAUCCUUGACCUCAUCCUCUUCCGGAUCCACCAUAAAGGCUGGUGACCGCAGCGACAAAGGCAAGAAGCAGCACGCUCUUCCGCCGUCUUUGAGCCCACCACCGCGCAAAUCUUCCAUUAAAUACAUGAAACAGCGAAGCGAAAUACCCGACGGUGAAAUUGGAAAUAUUCAAAACCCGAAUGGUCUAGCAAAAAGCAUCCCCUUACCGCGGUCGGCGUCGCUGAUGGCGGGCGCACGCCCUUCGAGGCCGAGUCGGGACGGGACAACCCAGCUGCUUGACCUGCAGCAGGACUCACCUAUCAUUCAGAGCAAUUUACCAAAGCUCCAGUCUUCGAACCAUCAUCGUAGGAGCUCUUCUUCAAGCUCACUUAGCUUGAGUUCCAUAUUUAGGCGCGAUUCGGCGUCAGUGAGUAUUUCCGAUAUCUCAUCUAGUCAGCCGAAGGCGGCACCAUCAACAACCAUAAUGUCUACGCGUGCAAAUCGGCCGAUAAAUGCACCAACGCAUCCUCCCACUCAAAAAUUCACUUCUUCAGCUUCUAAUGAGCAUCAGAUUUCCGACAGAGGAAGAUCUACAUCCACGGAUUCAAGCAACAAACCAAUAUCAAGGUUCGGAUUUUUUGGCCUACGGCCAAGAACGCAGAGUGAUUCCAAAGUUUCUGAGAGACCAGCAAACGCAAUAAAGGCCCCAAAGAAAGGUCCAGUUGCAGGAACAGGCCAUGAAGGUUACAAAAAGUACUCGAUGCGAGGUCGAAGUGGAAGCACAACAAGCGGCAGCGGUAGCUGGACUCGCUCAACAAGUGCCGAGAGCAAUACUAGCAGUGUCGUUCGUAGCACAUCAAGUCGUAAGUCAAGUAUGAACAGCACAAAAGAUCUACCUCUGGACGAAUUUUUCCUUGAGAGACUCUCGCCUGUUGUCAUAACGGGUGGAGGAGGUGGCAGCGAGCUUCUUGAAAGAAAGGAGCCUGGUCAUCUGAGGCACAGUGGACGAAGCUCAGUGGCUGAUGGCUUUGGUGCUGUUUCACAGCGAAGUGUUUCUGAUAUAUCGAAACAAUCCGCUGUUUUUCAUGAAGCUCCUACAGUCUGUAGAAGGCCCUCAUUGCUGUCUCAUAAGGCCGUCACGCCUGGACUGGUGCCUUCACAGCGGAGCAUGAGUAUAGAUACUGAACCUUCUCUUAUCUCACCAGAGACACCUGGCAUUCCGGAUUUUACCGUUUGUGGAUCAUCCACAGAGCCGAGACUUGCAAAUGGCACCAGUCCAGAGCAUGGCGGUAUGGCAAAAAAUCAUAUCUUCUCUCAAUCUCCAUCUUCUCCAGGCAGCUCUAACUCUAAUAAAUGGCCAUUGCCACGAGAAGAUAAGAAUUUGCCAUCCACUAUUUUGUUUCCAGAAGGAAAGGAAGGCCUGUUUCUCCGACCAUUGAAACCAUCGCCAGCGCCACGACUGCGUCGGAAAUGGAGCUUUUUCCAAAGGGCCCAUCUUUCGCCCGCAGAAAGAGAUACAGACGAAGAAUCUAUGGGAGAUGCGCGUGACCUAGCUUCUCGGCCGAUUGCUCACUACGCCAUGUUCGACGCUGUUGAAGUAGAUGAAACUGAAGAUCUUGAAGAUAUAAUGCAUGAGGUGGAGAUACUCUCAGACACUGAUGGGCAUAGCGAAUCGGGCCAGAAAUCGCACUGGUAUAAGAGCAAAGCAGCCUCGGACCAAGACCUUCCAGCCUCUGCGUUCCCGCAAACUCCAGGUUCAUCUGCGAGAGACCCCUCUCAGCUGCAUCGACCGACAUCGGAACAAUUUCGAACCUUGCAACCCUCUCUCCUGCCUAAAGAAGCGCCGUCUGCUGGUGACAUAGGAACGCGACCAAGUCGCCUCCCGCAAAUUGGACGGAUCCCAGCUGUGGUCUCCAAGCGGGAUCGAAAGCGGACACUCCCGGCACAGUCAUUUUCGCGACCUUUUGCUAGGGCCAAUCCACGGCCUGCUACCCCUGCGCAGUUGAAAAUGCACCGACCUGGAAGCUCCCGGAAGGGUCAAUCGCAUGGCGAAGUUGAAGGCAAGCCCACCGUAUUGCCCGCCGCAUGUAGCCCCAACAAACCUGCCUCGUCCGCGACGCAAAGCCAGCUAGCACUCACCACCUCUCCGUCCCCAAAUCCCCUACCUGCCCCAGAUUUCUUUGGCUUUCCGCGUCGGAAAGACUCUGAAGUGUCUUACUCUAGCAGUUCAGGUGCAAGUUGGGCAGCGACCACCGCUGUUACUCCACUUCCUCACGAGCCGCCUACCGAAGAUGAGAUUUGGGGAGAAUACGAUGAUCUGAUUGACCAUGUCCUGGCGUCGAAUAGGCGCAGACACGGUAAAUCCAAAUCUUCAUUUCAGAGGAAGAGAUCUGCACAGUGUCUCUUAGGCGACGAGACCCAAUCCGCUUUCUUCUCUAGAUCAAAAGCAGACAAUACUCAAAGAAAAGGAGAGACUUCUCUCGGGCCUGCUCCUGAUCAGGGAGCACCUCUGGAUUCAAAGCGUUCGUCGCCCAUGUCCUUUACUGAUCUAUUUUCGGGCUAUGGUGAGCGCAACAACAGUUAUAUCGAUCCAUUAAACGAUCCCUCAGAGGUGUCUGUACGCAGCCGAAGCAGCUCCAAAUCCAUCCACUCCAAAUCCGGAUCUAACGGAGGUGCCGACACCCUGGCAAAGGCUAGCAAGCACGAUACUGAGUUUGCGAGAAAGGCUAAAGAUGAACCAAUGAAGCUUGAACACCUUGCAAAUUUGAGAUUUGGUGCAUUGAUGACGAGCAGGUGGCUUUCAUUCGGUCGCGUGCUCUUCAGUCCAGCCCAUGCAGACCUGAAGCAGAACAAUCAAGAUCGUCUUCUCAUUCUAGACGGGCUGGGAAACGACGACUGGUCAUUCUACUGCGCAUUGACGUACCCUAACGCAACCGUCUACAAUCUCAGCCCAACCACAAUCAGUACCAGCGCGUCUAACGCAAAGCAUGGAUCGGACCUACAAUCACCACCGCACAACCAUCGCCAAAUCUACCAUUCCGAUAUCGCCAACCCAUUUCCAUUUCCUCGGGGCUUUUUCACAGCUGUUGUCAUUCGGUUUCCAACCGCCAACUCUGAGGCCGCCUUUCGCCACGCCAUUUCCGAAGCCAAGCGUGUUCUUCGACCAGGUGGUUACCUUGAAUUUAGUGGGUUCGACAUUGAUAUGAUGAACAUGGGAUCCCUAGCUCGCCGAGCAGUACGCACGCUCAAAGUACGAAUGCAGGCCGCCGAUCCAAACUUGUCUCUCAAGUCUGCGUCCGACAGCAUCCAGAAAAUGCUAGGUCGGCGAGGCUUUGAGAAUCUCAAUCGAUGUCUGCUCGGUGUUCCUGUAGCAGGCAAAGUCGCUGACUCGCGAGCUGGCUCAUUUGACAGCGCCAAUUAUUCCCUGGAUGAUAUGCUCCGAGACCAUUCCCAAGAAGGUGACGUUGGGAUUGCAAAAAUGGUAGCCAAAGUCGGACGCUGGUGGUAUAGUCGCUGCUAUGAGACGUGUAUCUCGCGCGACGUGGACAUGUCUGGGACGCUAUUCAACAAUAGGGAACUCUUGAAAGAAUGCGAAGAGGAGGGAACCAAUUUUAAAUUGUUUAUCUGCUACGCGCAGAAACCGUUGACGCCACGGCGUCGUACAGUCUCGCUUUAAUUACGUCCUUUUAGAGUCCAAACUCGAUAAUACAUUUGUACAAAUUCCGAACCGAUACGAAUCGAACAUACGAAAAUUCAACGAUAUCCCUUUCUGGCAGCUAUUCUCUGCGGCAGCAGUUGUGAUUUUGGUUGCAAGUCGCGCCAAGG